AUCGCUUCGAGCAUUAUUUGGAAUGUAUUGUUGCAUACAUAGAAUUUAACUGUGGCCGGCUUAGGCAAGGAAGGUUGAGUUCAGAUCAGUGUCGAAUCUCGCCGCGUAGAUCUGUGGGCGGGCGGCGCCCACGUGCUCGCUCGCGCCGGGAAUAGCCAGUCCACCGCGCAAACGCCGCACGCUCACAUCUUCCACAAUCCACGCUGAACUUUACACAUUAGUUUUAAUUCUGCUUUUACUACGAUUAUCUAAAUGUGCAAUGUUAAAAUUCCGUCCGCCUAAAUCUAUACUCAGCAAUCAAUAAAUAAAUAUAAAUCGUUGUUAUAUAUCAGUUUAAAGUGUGAAACGAUAAUAAUAAUUGUGAUUUUAUUACAUUUACAAAAGUCGUAGUGGACUCGAAAAAAAUCAGUGUCGGCGUGUGUCAGUGCCGGGAGGUAUUUUGAAUCGGGAAUAGUGCAUAUAUCGGUGUGAGGGGUGGGGUGGAGCGAGGCGCGGCGUGGCUGCGCGGGCGAUGCGUGAGAAACUCGCGGCGCUGCUGCGUAGCGCGGUGCGUGCGCCGCCGGCCAGCGCGGACAAGCUGCGCGCAGGCGCCAUUGAUCCCGUCAUCGUCUUCCCAGAUGAAGGGAGCGUACACGAAAGCGGACUGGUAUGGCGCGGGUGCUCCGCCGGCUUCGACGCCGAAGACGGCGCGACAGGAGCGCUCACCGACGGUAACUCCAAUCCAGGAGACAAGUUGGAGGGGUCGGACUCAGCUCAGGACGACCCUGUUCACCUCAAGAGACGGGUGGGACUCUUCAGUGGGGUGGCUCUAAUUGUCGGCACCAUGAUAGGAUCUGGAAUAUUCGUCUCGCCCUCUGGGCUGCUGGAGCGCACUGGUUCGGUGGGCAUCAGCUUCAUCAUUUGGAUGGCGUGUGGCCUACUCUCGUUGCUGGGAGCGCUCGCGUACGCGGAGCUGGGAACUAUGAACACGUCGUCGGGUGCCGAGUAUGCGUACUUCAUGGACGCCUUCGGAGGACCACCCGCGUUUCUAUUUUCCUGGGUGUCAACUCUGGUGCUGAAACCGUCACAGAUGGCAAUCAUCUGCCUGAGCUUCGCCAAGUACGCAGUGGAGCCGUUCGUUAGUGAAUGCGAACCGCCCGAUGCGCUUGUCAAACUGGUAGCGGUCAUAUCAAUAGUGAUGAUAUUGGCGGUGAACUGCUACAGCGUGAACCUGGCCACAAACGUCCAAAACAUCUUCACCGCUGCGAAGUUAGUCGCAAUCGCCAUCAUCGUCUGCGGCGGCGCUUACAAACUGAUAUUAGGUAAUACGCGACAUUUACAGGAGCCCAACUUCUCGACUAGCACCGCCACCUUCGGCAACAUUGCCACGGCCUUCUACACCGGCCUGUGGGCCUACGACGGCUGGAACAAUCUCAACUAUGUCACUGAAGAAAUUAUGAAUCCAUCCAAAAAUCUCCCAUUGAGCAUUAUAAUUGGCAUCCCACUGGUGACUCUGUGCUACGCGCUAGUGAACGUGUCCUACCUGACUGUGAUGUCGGUGAGCGAGAUGGUGGACAGCGAGGCUGUGGCCGUCACGUUCGGGAACCGCUUGCUGGGGCCCAUGGCGUGGCUCAUGCCGCUGGCCGUCACCAUAUCGACUUUUGGCUCCGCGAAUGGCACUCUGUUCGUGGCUGGAAGGUUGUGUUUCGCCGCGUCCAGGGAGGGUCACUUGUUGGAUAUCCUCUCCUACGUCCACGUGCGCCGCUUCACACCAGCUCCGGGCCUUAUUUUCCAUUCCCUGAUCGCUGUUGCUAUGGUGUUGUACGGAACUAUAGACUCGCUGAUUGAUUUCUUCUCGUUCACGGCGUGGAUAUUCUACGGCGGCGCUAUGCUGGCGUUGAUCGUCAUGAGACACACCAAGCCCCAUGCACCGAGGCCCUAUAAGGUGCCCAUUAUAAUACCGUACAUCGUACUUCUGGUGUCAACGUAUUUGGUAAUAGCUCCGAUAAUCCAGACGCCUCAAUGGGAAUACCUGUACGCUACCGGUUUCAUAUUCGGAGGCAUGUUGGUUUACCUACCCUUCGUGAAAUGGGGUUAUUCUCUGCCGUUCAUGGAUAAAAUUACCGUUUUCUUGCAAAUGCUAUUGGAAGUGGUGCCAACAUCGACGACAUUUGAAUAUUAAAUUAGUCUACGCUGGACUAUAAAUAAAGCAUUUUGUGAAAGUUAUGUGUUAUAUUACGAAAUCUUAUUUUGCAGAUGUAACAAUAGGACUGCCGGCGAAUUAAGUGUACUUAAACAUAUUUGUAGCAAUAAAUUACAACCUAAUUUUGUUAUUUAAACUUAUACAAAAAUCUUCAAACAACCGGUUAGAUUCUUAAAGUAAACAUUUAGGUACCUACUUUAUCUAUAUAAAACAUACACUUCUCAAUAUAUAAAUGAAGUUUUGAAAUACUUUUAAUCUCAUUACAUAACAUGAUAAACUGUUUAGACGACAACGGUUUCACUCACUUGAAAUUUUAGUCGCUAAACAGUUGACUUCUAAACAGUUUAAAAUAUGUCUCACGAAAGUUUAAUUUCGACAUAACAUGAUAAUAAGUGACAGGUAAUAUUAUUACAAAAUGUUAAAAUUAAUAACGGAACUCACAAAAAAUUCGUAGGUACCUACAGUAAGUAAUAGAUAAAGAAGAGUCUAGUUAACUACCUAUCAAAUUCACAUUCACAUCAUAAAGGUCAUUGGGCGUUUUUGACCCGCUUUAUGAACUUUCCCGUACAGAGACCAAACUAGUUUUAAAAUAGACAAUUUUAUCUCACUUUUCUAAAUAUGUCAUUUUAUUUUAUGUAUCAACCGGCAGAAAAAAGUUAUUCAACAGUAGGUAUGUGUACGAGAUAGUAUUAGAUUAGAUUGUUAGAUGCGCUGGUGGCCUAGCGGUAAGAGCGUGCGACUUUCAAUCCGGAGGCCGCGGGUUCAAAUCCCGGCUCGUACCAAUGAGUUUUUCGGGACUUAUGUACGAAAUAUCAUUUGAUAUUUAGGUACCAGUUGCUUUUCGGUGAAGGAAAACAUCGUGAGAAAACCGGACUAAUCCCAAUAAGGCCUUAGUUUCCCCUCUGGGUUGGAAGGUCAGAUGGCAAUCGCUUUCGUAAAAACUAGUGCCUACGUCAAAUCAUGGGAUUAGUUGUCAAGCGGACCCCAGGCUCCCAUUAGCUGUGGCAAAAUGCCGGGAUAACGCGAGGAAGAAGAAGAUUGUGCAAAAGUGUGGUUCAUGCAGCAUGAUAAACGUUUUAAGUAUAGCACAAUGGCAAAUGAAAUGUUGUAAAUUGUGGGUAGGUACCAAAAUGCGCAUACGACGCCAUCGCUUGGACCGCCUAGCAGUCGUCAUCUGUCGUUUCGAUCUGUGCGUUUUUAGAACUGGAUUUUAUUUUUGUUCCUCUUGAUAUUAAACAAUAUAACAACAGCAACGCAAUAUAACAGCAGCUAUUCAAAGUAUUUUUGAAAUAAUUCCAAUAGUUCUGACUUAAUUCAUUGCAAAAAUGCUAUAAUGAUAAGAAAUUAUUUUUAUUUUUUUUCUCAAUUCUCCCAUGGCUUGCAAGAAUGCGACUCAUACCACUGAGUAGCAGAUACAUUUACCUACAUACCUAUUUCGUUUGUGUACGCUGUGGGUCAUGUGUCCGAACAAAACGCCCAAUGACCUUUGCUAGUAGUUAAAAUUACUGAAAUGUAAUUGUUGAUUACUUAAUGUUAAUAAUUUAAGAAAAGCAAUAAAUAAUGUUAGUGUGUAUCGUUUUGCUACACUUUUAAUCCAAACAAUAUUAUUAGGACCUAGUUAUGCUAAAUAAAUCUUAAAACAGAUUAAUUAAUAUUUUCAGGUUCCUGCUUACUUCGAUAAGUACAAUUGAUACCUCCGGAUAUCUAAACUAAUUUAUUUGCAUAGACACAGUAUGGGGAUGUACCUAACAUACAUAAGCCCACAAUACGUUGUUUCAUUUCAUGUACCUAGCUUGCAUACAAACUAUACCUAUAUACGAGUAUUUUCUGAGAUUCUGAAUUAAUUGCGAUAUACAAUAAAAACGUUUUAUUGAAUGUUGUAUCUACAUUGUAGCGAAACGAUCCACCUUUAAGUGUUAUCUUAACUUGACUGAAUGACGUAUUAAGUUCUAUCUCGAUUAAAGUAAUGAUGCAUUGUAUAUUGUCUUGUAACCGAGUUCCUUUUCACCUGUAGGUAGGUACCAAUGUCAACGGUUAAUAAAAUUUCGGUACCUACUUAGCUUAACUUUCCUUUUUAUGUCAUCAAAACAUCGUAAAGUAUACCUAUAGCCGUGCUAAAGAUAUAAGUCCUAAUACAUCUUAAACGUGAUAUGAUUUUAAAAUGUGUGUAGAAUACUUAUUCAUAUAGACAUUGACUUUACCAAUGUUGUUUAUCGUUCAGAGGAAAAUGUUACAUAUUUUGUUUUAAAGUUUGUAGUUUAUACAAUAUUUAGGAUUCUUUUCUAGGGACUACUGUGUGCAGCAUUAAAUUAUGCAAAUAGUUACCGAAGAAGACAGCGAGUGAAUCAAUGCAUUGCUCAUUUCAUUAGUUUGCACGAAUCAUUCCUAUGGGGCCGUGCAACUAGAGACAAAGCUUUGUAAUGGAUAAAGUGUAUUUUUUUAACUACAUUAGAUAUAGUAAAAAUUGACAUAGGCUUGGGUGUGCAAGGUUAGUCUGGUAUAGAGAUUACGCCCCAGCAGCUCAAAGAUUCAAGAAGGAAUGCUUCCGGCUGGGGACGCAGAGCUUAUCUCGAAUGUGCUAAGGCCCUGUUUGCGUCACUAUGAGUGAUUGUGCUAAACUCAUAGUUGUAGUUCACCACCUCAUCAUUAUAGUGAACUUUAGAUUAAAACAAUUAAAGUGUCUCAAAUUUAUUUACCUACUCUAUGUAUUAUUUUUUUUGGAUAUUUGUUUGCGAUGGCUGCAAGAUUUUUGUGGAUAGCUACAGUAUUCAUAGGGGUACAAUCUCAAUUUCUGUUUUCAUUAUUUUAACCAUUAUUCAGUAGAAUAUGAAUUGUUUCACGAUCCCAUGUAAAGACUAAAGUGUGUUUUAACUAAUAAUGUUUAAUUAUUCGACGGCUGAGUUUUGCGAUCGGUAAAAUUUGGUCCUAUCAUUCCUUACCGGGGCAGGACGAGGCUGUGAGGGCUAUGGUUUUUAUGACAAUGUUAUUUUUUAUAUUUAUUAAUGAUAUGAUAAGUUAUUCGAGAUUUUUUAUAUAAAAGUAUAGGUAUACAGACGUACUUAAACAAUUGAUCUUUAAUUACCCAAAUACACAAUUAUAUAUAUAGCCAGAUUGUUCUUGGCCCAGCCUGCAGCAUAUAACAUGUUCUAUUAAGAUAUACCUACGUAAUAGCUAACAUCAAACUUUAAGUGAAGUACCUACAAAGUAAAAAUGGGCCCACGUACGUACACGCCUAACGAUGUGAUAUUGUUAUGGGUAGAACCAAUGGGUUUAUUUUGUGUACUCAAAGAAUAUCAUUAUGGCUACAUCUCUUCAAAAGAGAAAAAUAUUUAUUGUUAUACACUACCAUUGAUUAAAUAAAAAUUUUAAUUAAAUACAAUAAAAAAAA